GCCCUCAACCAGAUCCAGCUGGCGUCUUUGACAUGCGCAGUACACUUCCCCGGUGCUCAAGCCGUAAAGAUGGCGGCGUCCACAGCUAAUCGUGCGGCACGGUUAAUAUCAGUUGCCUUAACUCCAGGACCUUUUAAAGUAUCUCGUAUUGUCAGUACUUUUUACUUCGAUGGGCAGGUCCUGUCAUCUAAGGGAAUGCGUUAUUAUUCAGCUGUUGGACACGAGAGAUGUUGGAAAGCGGCAAGCAGCGUGACAUUGAGGAGGCUGUCAUGGUCAAAGGCCAGGCAUGUUUUGAGUGCCCAGUCCUUCCACACUAGUGCCAUCUGCCAGAACAAGGAGGAUUUUUACCAAGUGUUGGGUGUUCCUCGCAAUUCUUCGCAGAAGGAAAUCAAGAAGGCGUAUUACCAGAUGGCAAAGAAGUUCCACCCAGACACCAACCCAGAUGAUCCUCAGGCGAAAGAGAAGUUUGCUAAACUAGCAGAGGCCUAUGAGGUGUUGAGUGAUGAGCUGAAGAGGGUGCAGUAUGACACGUACGGGUCGGCUGAGGGCCCAAGCCAGAGCAGAAGAGAACAGCAGUACAGAGGAAGUUCCAACGUGGACCCUGAGCAAUUGUUCCGCAAGAUCUUUGGCGAUUUCAGUGGAGCCCAGGGAUUUGGAGAUUUCAGCUCCGUAUUCGAGCAGCCUCCAGAGUUUGUGAUGGAGCUGACGUUCACUCAGGCCGCCAAGGGUGUCAACAAGGAGAUCACGGUCAACGUCGAGGACGCCUGCCCGCGGUGUGACGGCAAAGGAAGUGAGCCUGGCACCAAAGUCCAGCACUGCCACUACUGCAAUGGCACCGGCAUGGAGUCCGUGAACACGGGUCCCUUCAUGAUGCGCACCACCUGUCGUCGCUGUGGAGGCCGCGGCUCCAUCAUCAUCACACCCUGUGUCCUGUGCCGGAGCAGCGGCCAGACCACACAGAAGCACACAGUCGUGGUGCCUGUACCGGCAGGUGUGGAUGACGGGCAGACUGUACGGAUGCCGGUUGGGAAGAAGGAGAUGUACAUCACGUUUAGAGUCCAGAAGAGUCCGGUAUUCAGACGUGAAGGCCCUAACAUCCACUCUGACGUGCACAUCUCUGUGGCACAGGCCAUCCUCGGGGGCUCGGCCAAAGCGCAGGGGCUGCACGACCCCAUCAGCAUAGAGAUUCCUCCUGGGAUGCAGCCAGACCAGCGCGUCAGACUGCAGGGCAAGGGCAUCCAGCGAGUGAACAGCUACAGCUUUGGUGACCACUACGUCCACAUCAAGAUCAGAAUCCCAAAAAAACUGAGUCGGAGGCAGAGGUCCCUCCUUUUGGAGUAUGCUGAGGAGGAGGUGGAUGUGCAGGGCACCGUCACUGGUGUCAAUCCAGCAGCCAGGGCAAAGAGUAGCGAGUCUUCAGGAGAAGAGCAGAGCAAGAAAGACGAGGGGAAAAAGGAGGAAGGAGGCUUCUUCUCCAAGCUGAAGAACAUGUUCAGCUGACUGCCGCAGGCAAGAGACCUGCAGGUACCAAACAUGGCUAAUCAAGAGGAGGGGCUGAUAGAGCUCCCUCCCAUCCCUCUCGGCCCUCCCUCGCCCUCCGCGGCCGCGCCGGCAGGGGAGUGGUGGUGGGCACACAUGCGUAAAAGGGUGACGAUUCCAGAUGGGCAGCCCCAGCCGGUGGACGGGUGCCCAGCCCACACCGCAAUGUUUACAGUGCCCCUAACAGAGCCGAGACGCACUGGUGAAGAGGAUCCAGAGAGAACGAGAGAUCCAGAGAGGGCGAGAGAUCCAGAGAGGGCGAGAGAUCCAGAGAGGGCGAGAGAUCAGGAGAGAACUGAGUACCUCAUGAAGGAUUGGAAGGAGGAGGAGGGCAGAAGGUCUGUUGAAGGUGGAUGUUAUGGCUGGAGUGGUCUGGAGUGUCUAGGGGCAGUACUGUACCAUAUGUCUUUGGAAGCAUUCACUUUACACUGUGGGACUGAAAGGUGUUUUAUAUAAAUGGCAAAAAUCUAGGCAUAUUUGUGUGGUGUUUUAAUAUAUUCUGUAUAAUGUGUACAUAUUUAAUAUAUUUUGUGUGAUAAUGUUUUUUUUCUUUUCUUGGAAAAGCACACCAUUUAAUAAAAAUCCUCUGCAUAAAAAAGAUGAUUUUUGCCUAAACUUAACUUAAUAUAGGUUAUUAAACUAAGGAUAACUAAAAUGUCUUUAAACCAUCAAAAAAUGCAUGAAGAAAGUGAACCACUGUUUGGCAUCUCUGAAACUCAACAAAGUGUUUCAUGUCAAAGCAGUAGCCACUAGGUGGUGCUAAUGGAUUGUAUAUUGUCUCACGGUAUUUCAGGAUCAAACCUUACUGGUUAGUUUAGUUACAGAGGAAAACAAUAGCAUGCUAUGUUUAAGAUCCAGCCAUUAAAACAAUGUGUUUUGGAAUAAAAGAUUGGAAUUUGCCUGUAUGACCUUGGCAGAUGGUC